AUCUCGCGAAUAAAAUGUGGUAAACCUUCUCCUUGUUGAUGUUAACUUUAAAAGUCUCUUAGCGUUACUUGAUUCACGGAAGCGCGAUUUGAGGCAAUGCCUUUAUUCUUCAACAAAUUUUCCCCUAAGAAGACGCCGACUAGGAAGGCGGCAGUUUUUCUGGCGAAUAAGAAUUUGAGUCCAAAACGAAUAGAGAAGGAGCUCGGCCCGGAGGUGGGCCCUAUACGUCUUCGUCUUGGAGAUCAAGAAGCUAUUUUUGAGGCUGGUCUGUGGAUUCCAGAAUCUGGCAAAGCAGGAGGUACUUUUAAAGAAAAUGAGAAGUUAAAAAAGGAAGUGAGACGAUUGGAGGAAGAAAAUAAUCUGUUGAGAUUAAAGUUUGAUGUUUUAUUGGAUAUGUUAACCCAAACAACCGCCGAAGUUCAUUUGCAAAAAGAAGAAUUGGAAAGACUAAAAACUAAUUUUUCUCAUAACAAAAAGAUUAUCGUUUAAAAACAGAUAAAUAGUAACUAUGGAACAACAUUAAUUCGAAUAUUCAAAACCUUUUUUUAAUUUUACAUUUGUAAAAGUUACUUCAAAAAGGCAAAAGUCAAUCUUAAUUUUUUAAGAGAUAAAAGCAAGUGUUUGAUACUGUUUUAAUUAAAUCUUUUAUAACCUUAACUAUUAGAAACUGUACACUAUUUACAAUAUCAUAUUGGAAAAUAUUCAUUCGUCAGUCCA